ACCAAAAUACACUAUGGUCCCUGGAUUGAUUUGUCUUCAUGCAAACAUCUACUUUGACCAAUCAAAACAGGAACGGUCGUCACUCCCCGAUCUCGUUUCGCUGAUCUACGCACCGGAUGGUGGCAUAACUAGUACGAAUCCCAUCGUCAUGCGUCCACCAAGUUUGCCUCUCACCCCCACCCAUUCUCUACCAAUAUGACCAUAAUCUCAAAUGAUCCCACUUGGUGGCCGAUCAUCGAUGCAUAUCGUUUUGGCAGCUAUUUCAUAGUUGCCGCCUGUGUUUCAGUGACGUAUGAUUGGGCACUUAUAUUUGGACAAGAGGUGGAACUGGUCUGGAGACAACGCUGGUCCCUAAUGGCAGUUAUGUAUCUAGGUACGCGUUACCUUGGAAUCUUAUACGCUGCCCUGUACAUGCUGUACAGUAUUCCGACCAUCUCGCUGACAGAUACAGUGAGCUUUGUUGUGUUCGUCGUAUUGGAUUGGACGGGUGUUUUGGUAACUCCGAUGCUGUGGGUCAUCAUCAUCGCUCGGUUGCAUGCCAUGUAUCAAGGAUCCAGAAGUAUCCUGAUAUUUCUCAUUGUCACCUUCCUGGCUGUCAACAUUUUUAGCGGAGUGGCCAAUGUAAUAACGACGAUGCAGGCUUCAGGGGAGGAACGCAUUCUCUCCGGCACUCAUCACUGCUUGAUUGGCUAUGGGGAAGAUAUGCCACUUCUAGUGUCCAUUACUUGGAUACUCGUAACUGUGUGGGAGGUCCUCGCACUAUGUCUCGCGGUUCGGAUUGCGGUAAAACACUUCCGUGAACUGCGACAACAUUCGGCAGGAGGGAUUAUCGAGGACUGUUUCACGGUGCUGAUAAAAACUCACGCGCUUUACUUUGCGAGCUUUGUUGCUGUUUCUUGCUUUCAUCUCAUUCUUGCGUUCUCUCCAACAUUCUCAGCGAGCAUUUCCCUGGAUGCUCAGAUUAUUUAUGGGUUUCUCCAGAAUUUGCAGGUCGUGCAGAUGUUUGUGUUGGGACCGCGCCUGAUCCUUGGUGUUCGGGAAUACCACGCCAAGCUCGUGGCCGAUUCUGACGUAGCAACUGGUAUGGCCUCUAUCGCUUUCCAGGAGCGAGUGCAAAUAUCGACUGGCAGUGGUGUGUGAGGUAUUGAUCGAAGUUAUUUGGUGUUCUGAAGUAGAAUUCAAGGAGACAUACAAAGUUUUCGUCGUAUUAUUUAGUCAAGUGAUUCGCUAUAUGUGCUGGUAAUG